AUGGUUCCUACAUAUAAAACAACAGUUAACAUAAGAGAUGUCAUGCAUUCUGUUGAUUCAUUUAUUGCUGAUAUUAAAGAAGCUCCAGGACAUACUUCUGUAAUUUUUACAUUAAAACAAAAAGCUGGAGCACUUGCUGAAACAUUAAAAUUAUUUCAAGAAAAAAAUGUUAACAUAAAUCAUAUUGAAUCACGUCCAUCAGCUAACUAUCCAGGAUCAUAUGAAAUUUUAAUUCAAUUUGCUGAUGAUGAAAAGAAAGAUGAUAUUUUAGAAAUUGUUAAUAUUUGUAAAAAAAAUUCAACUACAUUAAAAACUUAUGAUUUUAAUACUCAUAAACGUUUAAAUUCUGAAUCAACUCCUUGGUUUCCAAGAAAAAUUGCUGAUAUUGAUCAAUUUGCUAAUAGAAUUUUAAGUUAUGGAGCUGAACUUGAUGCUGAUCAUCCAGGUUUUACAGAUGAAGUUUAUAGAGCUAGAAGAAAACAAUUUGCUGAUAUUGCUUUUAAUUAUCGUUAUGGUGAUAAAAUUCCAUAUAUUGAAUAUACAGAAGAAGAAAUUGGUGCUUGGCGUACAAUUUAUACAGAAUUAGUAAAACUUUAUCCAACACAUGCUUGUAAAGAAUUUAAUUAUAUUUUUCCAUUAUUACAACAAAAUUGUGGUUAUGGUCCUGAUAAGAUUCCUCAAUUACAAGAUGUAUCUGAUUUCUUAAAAGAUUGUACUGGAUUUACAUUAAGACCUGUUGCUGGUUUAUUAUCUUCUAGAGAUUUUCUUGCUGGUUUAGCAUUUAGAGUAUUCCAUUCUACUCAAUAUAUAAGACACCAUUCUGUACCAAUGUAUACACCAGAACCUGAUAUUUGUCAUGAACUUUUAGGUCAUGCACCAUUAUUUGCUGAUCCAGAUUUUGCAAGAUUUUCACAAGAAAUUGGUCUUGCAUCAUUAGGAGCAAGUGAUGAGAUGAUUGAAAAAUUAGCUACACUUUAUUGGUUUACUAUAGAAUAUGGUGUUUGCCUUGAAGAUAAUAAAAAGAAAGCUUAUGGUGCUGGAUUAUUAAGUUCAUUUGGUGAACUUCAAUAUUGUUUAACUGAUACUCCUGAAAUAGUUCCUUUUGAACCAUCAGUUUGUUGUGUUACAAAAUAUCCUAUUACAAAAUUUCAACCAAAAUAUUUUCUUGCUGAAUCAUUUAAUGAUGCUAGUAACAAAUUAAAAGAAUGGUCAUCAUCAAUUCCAAAAGAUUUUCAAGUUCGUUACAAUCCAUAUACUCAAUCUGUUGAGGUUUUGGAAGAUCUUCAUGCUGUAAAGAUACUAGUAAGAGACAUAAAAAGUGACCUUUCAACACUAGAAAAUGCUAUUACAAAACUUGAAUAA